AUGGCAGAUGGCGAUGAUAUUUUAAAUGAAGAACGUCAAAUAAAUGAAGAUUAUAAAAUUUGGAAGAAAAAUUCAGCAUUUCUCUAUGAUUUAAUCAUGACUCAUGCUCUUGAAUGGCCUUCGCUUACUGUGCAAUGGUUACCAUAUACAUCGAAACCUGAAGAUGGAAAAGAUUAUACAACUCAUCGUCUUAUUCUUGGUACUCAUACAUCGGAUGAACAAAAUCAUUUAGUAAUUGCAUGUGUACAAAUUCCAAAAGAAGGUACAACAACUGAUUCAACACAAUAUGAAUCUGAACGAGGAGAAUUUGGUGGUUUUGGUUUAUUUAAUGCGAAAAUUGAAAUUGAAUUAAAAAUAAAUCAUGAUGGUGAAGUUAAUCGUGCUCGUUAUAUGCCACAAAACCCGUCACUUAUUGCAACAAAAUCUCCAUCAGCUGAAGUAUUAAUAUUUAAUUAUACAAAAUUAUCUAAUUUACCAAAAGAACAAUUAAUGGCAUUAAGUGCUGAGGCAUGUCCAGAAUUACGUUUACGUGGACAUACAAAAGAAGGUUAUGGUCUUUCAUGGAAUCCAAAUGCUAGUGGAAAUAUUCUAUCAGCAUCGGAUGAUCAUACAAUAUGUUUAUGGAAUAUUGAAAAAGCACCAACAGAAGGAAAAUUUGUUGAUCCAUUAGCUAUUUUUUCUGGGCAUCAAGCUGUUGUUGAAGAUGUUGCUUGGCAUUUAUUUCAUGAAACUUUAUUUGGUUCAGUUGGUGAUGAUUGCAAAUUGAUGAUUUGGGAUACACGUUCAUCAAAUUAUACAAAACCAUCUCAUGUUGUUGAUGCACAUGGUGCUGAAGUUAAUUGUUUAUCAUUUAAUCCAUUUUCAGAAUAUAUUUUAGCAACUGGUUCAGCUGAUAAAACCGUUGCACUUUGGGACCUUCGUAAUCUUAAAUUAAAAUUACACACAUUUGAAUCACAUAAAGAUGAAAUAUUUCAAGUUCAAUGGUCACAUCAUAAUGAAACAAUACUUGCAUCAAGUGGUACUGAUCGACGAUUACAUGUUUGGGAUUUAAGUAAAAUUGGUGAAGAACAAACAAGUGAUGAUGCUGAAGAUGGUCCACCUGAAUUAUUAUUUAUUCAUGGUGGUCAUACAGCUAAAAUAUCUGAUUUUUCAUGGAAUCCAACUGAACCAUGGGUUAUUUGUUCAGUAUCAGAAGAUAAUAUCAUGCAAGUUUGGCAAAUGGCGGAAAACAUCUAUACGGAAGAUGAAAAUGAAGCAAAUUCUGUUGAUCUUGAAUAA